AGUCGGUGAAACGCGAGAGACCGUCCUCUUUGAGUUUUGCCAACAAGGCCGAAACUCAUCGCUGUGCGCCUUUGCCUGACUCACCGCUGUUCGCUCGGCAAAGCCUCUGCACUGCUCCGUCGGACGAAUAAGUCGGUCAGGGAGGUGAUCAGCUAUGGCAUUUAAAGAUACAGGCAAAGCCCCUGUGGAACAGGAGGUCGCCAUUCAUCGUAUCCGGAUCACACUGACCAGCCGUAAUGUGAAAUCCUUAGAGAAGGUGUGUGCUGACUUGAUUCGUGGGGCCAAGGAGAAGAACCUGAAGGUCAAGGGACCCGUGCGUAUGCCCACCAAGACUCUGCGCAUCACUACAAGAAAAACACCCUGUGGUGAGGGUUCAAAGACAUGGGAUCGCUUCCAGAUGCGUAUUCACAAACGUCUGAUUGACCUGCACAGCCCAUCUGAGAUUGUCAAGCAGAUCACUUCCAUCAGUAUCGAGCCUGGUGUAGAAGUUGAAGUAACCAUUGCUGACGCAUAAAUGCUGAAACUUCUGUUAAAUAAAAGCCAGUAAAAACA